AUGAACAGCAACAUCCUCAUCGAUUUAACCAAUUUUGAGUACCUUCAAAAUCCAAGAAUUUGUGAUGGCUCAGCAGAAGAUGUGUUGGCACUUGUUUUGGUUCACUCACACCCCAGUAACAUCAAUCACAGAAACAGACUUCGAGAACAAAUGCCUCGGGAAAUUUUGGCGGAAAUUGGUAUGAGAAGAGCUUUCCUUAUGGGCGAUCCAAAUGUAAGCCAAAAACAAUAUCCGCGGGUUAAUCAGAGCGAAAUAGAUGCGGAAAACAACAAGUUUAAUGAUAUUGUCCAAGGCAAUUUCCUGGAUCACUAUCACAAUCUCACAUACAAGCACGUCAUGGGCCUGACUUGGGCUACGCGCUUUUGCUCUCGUGCGGCGUUCAUAGUCAAGAUGGAUAAUGACAUCAAAGUGAACUUUUUUCACAUACGACAACUUUUGAAGACCACGUACGCUGACAUCAAAAACGUUCUACUAGGAACUUCUCAAGUUAAGACGAAUCCUGUUAGAGCCAUCAGCAAAUGGCAAGUAUUGCAAAAGGAAUAUGUCGGUGAUGAAUACCCUACUUAUUUGAGUGGAUACUUCUACAUUGCACCAAUGGAAACUGUGAGGAAACUGGUAGCAAACGCACACAAAUUUCGAUAUUUUUGGGUUGAUGACGUCUUCGUAUCUGGGAUAAUGGCACAAGACCUGCAAAUAGAACGGCGAAACAUUGACCUCAAGAAGAUUGUGCAUUGGCCUCAAGAAAAAGAGCCUACAAGAUAA